CCUUGAUCAUUUGCAAAAUCACAGUUUAAUAAAAGCAAACAAACAAAUUACUCAGUCUGCAAUCUACGUCUUAUCAUCAGGGACCUAAAGCAGUCAGGACGGCAAUACCAAGGAAGACUACGAUUAAAAAAUGAAUUUCUGCCUUUAAUUAGAAUUUUAAAAAUGACUGCAUGUGUUUACCGUCUCUCAAGGCGCCACACCUCAACUUCAGCAUAACGUAUAAACGAAGCUUUGAGUUCCAAAUGGAAAUUAAAAUAAUUUGCCGUCGCGGUUUCGGUUCGCAGACGACGCAAAUUGUGGUGAUUUCACGUUGUUGUUUGCAUAGGACGGCUAAGAAAUGUACAAAGUUUUAAAACGCACGUGCUGAGCUAUUGUUCUGCCAACUAGAUCUUUUGUUUUUCUGUGUCCUCGUUGCCGUCGCCGUCGUGGUUUGCUUAAGGUCCCUAACAAUAGAGGCGUCCAGCGGUACUGGUGCGAUAACUUUAAGAUUCAAAUAAGCAACAGUAAUCUAUCAACAGAAGUCAAAUAUUUGAGCAAAGGGAUAGAUUGCCUAUUACGCCAUAAAUACAAUUUCUUCCUUUUUGCCCGAAACAUUGGCUUGUGAACUGCAACUCCAAACGCCAUGCAGUUCGUGUUGUCAUGUUUUUUCUCCAGAGGUACGUGACAAGCGUAUUACAUAAAGCAUUUACAGCCUGCCUCGUGCGCAAGAUGGCGGACAUUGUAAGUGUUGAUAUAUGUGCAACGGUGACUACCGGUUUGGAGUCCGUGGCCGCAGAGGAGUGCGAAGAAAAGCUGGGAUGCAAGUCUAUAAGGAAAGGAAGGGGACGUAUAUACUUUGACAUUCCAACGAAUUCGUUUAUGCAGUUGAAGUCCUUACGAUCUGUUGAGCACUUGUUUGUCGUAGUCAAGGAAUUUCAAGAAGACAGUAGCGAAGGCUUUGAUUGCCACAAUCCAGAUAUUCUUGAAAAGCUUUACAAACUACCGCAAGCUCUUGACUGGAAAUCGAGUCUUUUCAUGUGGAAGCAAUUUAAAGGAUAUUCGGGAGCAAUUUUUAAAAACGAAAACGAUGAUUUGAAUUGCAAUCGCGAUGGUUUUGUAACUGUAAAGAAUGGUGGAGGAAGCUCGAAAGAAGGUGACGAGUCUGUGGCCGAAGAGAUGGAGGAUGAAAGUGAAGCUCCAGUGAAAAGAAUGAAACACGGAAAUGAAAAUUCUGGACUGCCGAAGGCAAGUGAGGAGGAUGAUUCUGAAGAAACUGUUUUGCCCUCAAGUGUUGAUCUUGGGGUAACAUCGACAUCUACAAACGCCAAACCUCUAGAGGUUGCAGAUCAGCUGGUUUUACCGCGAUUCCGUGUCACAUGUACACGCACUGGCAAUAACCAUAGUUUCUCGUCCCAAGAGGCUGCAGCUAAAUUUGGUGGUGGAAUAAACGAUGGGUUUGGCUGGCGAGUAGACCUUAGCCAUCCAGACAUUGAAGUACUUCUCCACAUUGUCGACAACAGUGUUGUCAUCGGUAUCGCCCUGACUAAGGAAAGUAGAGGAAAACGGAAUAUUGCUCACUUUGGUCCAACGAACUUAAAGUCAUCAAUAGCCUAUUGUAUGCUUUCGCUGGCAAAUAUUAAGCCAGGUAGGGAACAUCUCUUUAUUAACCACCUUUGACUUUUUUUAAUAUUUGAGCUUAAAACAUGUUAAUCGUAGCAUGCAGCAGUGAGAGGUUGUCACUCUCAUGCUCAAUUUUAGGAAAUAUGUUUUUCUCUUCUCCUACUUUCCUAAGUGUAGAAUUAAUUUUGCCUCUCCAUGUUUCAUUCUAACCAAUGAACAUACUUGCAACUUGUUAACCCUUUAACUCCUAUGAGUGACCAAGACAGAAUUCCUCCUUACAGUAUCAAUACAAUAUCAACCAGAUAAGUGAUGAGAAUAAAGAACAAUAUCAAUUUGUGGAUAAUUACUAGACCCAAUACUAAAUUCUCUGAACUAAUAUUAUAAGAACUGUAUGGUUGACAGUAAGGAGAUUUACAAAUUUGAUCUGAGAGGUAAAGGGUUAAGAGUGGCUACUUAGGUACCAAGGUUCUCUUGGAAUUUAGAAGCUCACUUGAGUCAGGGAUACCUGUGCCCUUUGCCAGAGGAAAUUAAUUUAUAGGGCUAACACUGGAAAUGUCAACAUCAGAAACUCUAUACAGUUGCCAAUUCACAACAACCGAGGUGAGAGACUGAGUUGAUUGCUGUUUCUUAAUGUAGGUGAUGUGGUGUGUGAUCCAAUGUGUGGAGGAGGCUCCAUUCCUAUAGAAGCUUCCCUUAGUUGGCCCACUUCUUUUCACUUGUGUGGAGACCAUCAUGAAUUAGCUCCUGCCAGGACCUUGGCUAAUGUACAGAAUGUGGUUGAACUACAGUUGGAGAAAAAGUAAGUACUUCAGCUGUACAGACUGUGUACUUCAAGACUGCCAAACAAUUGAGAAUGGUUAUAAUUAAAUAAUUAAUUAUAGAUUGAAAAUAUAAGGAAUAUUAGGCUAUUGCCAAUAACAAUCCUUUCCCUUGAAAAAAUAUUUUCAAAGAUAGUUGUUGAAAAUGGUGAAAAAAGAUUCUGACAGAGACAGAAUUUCUCCUUACAAUAUCUAUACAAUGUUAAGUGGUGAGAAUAAAGAAAAUUAUCAACUAGGGAAUUGUUAGUUGAUCCAAUACCAAAUUCUUAGAAAUAACAUCAUAAGAACUGUAUGGCAGACGGAAAGGAGAAUUUCCAAUGAGAUCUUGAGUGUAAAAGGGGUAGGGAAUGUUGCCAGGUUGUCUGUGAUCAGUAUGCACUACUUGAGAUUAAUAGAGUUUCCACAACUUUUUAAUGCAGGAAGACUCUUCCCCUGGAUAUUUUUCAAUGGGAUGUGUGCAAUCUUCCCUUGAAGGCCAACAGCAUUGAUGUAUUCAUCUCUGAUUUGCCUUUUGGGAAGAGAAGUGGUUCCAAGCAUGAAAACUGGAAACUGUAUCCCAAAGCUCUGGAGGAAAUGGCCAGGGUGUGUUCAGUAGGAAGUGGAAGGGCUGUACUUCUGACUCAGGAUAAGAAAGUGAUGUGGAAAGCAGUGAACAGUUCAAGACAGUGGAAGAAAGAUUUGACUUUGUGGAUCAACAUAGGAGGUCUCAAAGCAGGAAUAUAUGUUCUUACCAGGACUAAACAGUGAGAUUUUGAUGUACUGUAGCUGGUUAACAAUGUUUACAUUACAUGAAGUUGAGUUCCAAGGGUGUCUUUGGCAAAUUGGUUGUUUUUAUUUCUGGAGAACUGUUCUGGUACAACAGACAAGUGUUAAUGCAAUGGAUGAGUAUUACUUAUCAAUCCACUAUAAAUUGUUCAAGAUCUCACCUUUUAUUAGAUCUCCAGAAAUGAUGAACACAUAGAUGUGGAAUCUCACUCUUUCAAUACAUUACUAAGAAAAUGGGUGAUGAGAAUGGACAGACAUAUUGGUCAGGGAGAGUUCUCUUCACAGAGUAAUAAUACUGUAACUGAUACCAAGGGAGGAUUGGGGUGGUCAGGACUUUCCACCCCAACAGACAAAUGGGUUUUGUUUAUUUUGUCUGGCAUUAAAAUUCUGGCAACUACUGGGUUGCUUAUGACUUCUCAACUGGUUGUUGUGUGUGUUUGUGUGUGUGUGUGAUCUGCCCUUGCAAUACUACAGUUUAUCUAUUACACAGAGGAAAACAUGGAAGUGAGGAGGAGAUAUAAAUAUCUCAAAUCUUGAAGAAUAGGAGUGAAUGGAGCACUGGUUUGCUUGUUGUGGGAAACAACUAAGCCAUUUUUUAUACCUAAAUGAGAUGUAAAAAUGCACAAUUGGUUGUUUCCAAUGAAAUGACAUGAAACCACAUAUUACUUCAUCAAAUACCAGGGUUUUCUUUAAGGUUUUAAGUAGCCGAAGCUUUUUUAAAGGUAAACAGUAAACAGUAUUCAUAUCUCAAAUCCAAUAUGGUGGACAAAAUGUCAUAUCGUUCGUACUUUCCACCGCAGCAAGAUUUGUCAAAAAGACAGCCCACCAGAACGUUUUCAAACUAACCUUGAGUCAGAAGUCUUUUUAUGUUUUCAGAAAAGAUAGGCAGAGCAAAUUUAUAUUUUUAUUGAGCCCAAGUUUAGACCUGAUAAACAUCAUCUCUGUACAGGCUCUCAAAGCAAUGAAAAUAGCCAGCAAAACCUUGCAGAGAAGCCAGCGUACUUCGCUAGCUGCUAGCUCUUAUCUACAACCCUGAAAUACCAUUUAACAUCUUAAUAUUCUGGGCCACCACCAAAAGAAUUUGCCUUUUGUUCAAGAUCUAUAUCAUUUCUCAUUGUAAGCCUACCUGAACCGAGUUUAACAUCACCAUAAAGGUGAAG